AUGAAGCUCACAGCCGUUCACAUCACACUCGGCUUGGCCCUGGCUGGUCACAUGUCAGCUGCGGCUCCGAUCCCAAUGUCCGCUGAGAUACCCGAUUCGACCACAGUCACCAGGCCGCAGCAUCAGUAUGAGAAAUCUCAGUUCGCAGUCGGUCCCGAUGAGCUGGGCUCUAGUCUGCGCCUCUCUCGCCUUCAAGGCACUGCGAUAAGCCCGACUGCAGCAGGCAAACUCAAUCGUGCCGACUUUUUCGCUGAGCGAGGCGAGUCAGAGGACCAGAUUCCUGUCGUGCUUGUUGCGGAGCGAGACUCCGCUAGGCCGCCUCAAGUUUACAUGCUUGGUCAGCGCGAUGAGGGGGAGGCGCAAGCUCAGCCAGAGGUCUUCCUCGUCAGUCAGCGGCAGGAAGAGCCUCCAAUUCUCAUCGUGAACCAAAGGAAUGAAGACAGUGCAAAAACUGCAGCCGCCCAGGGUAUGCCUUACCUCGUCCUUGGCAAGCGCGCUGAGCAGACAGUCCUCAUCCGCGGCCAAAGGGAUGCCGGCGAGCACCCCAAGGAGGUGCCAAUCGUCUUCACGGGCAAGAGGGAGAAUGACGACGACGACCUGCAGGCCCGACCUCACUUCCUUCUGAGCGAACGCGACAAGCAGCCUGUCCUUAUCAUAGGACAACGAGACAACGAAGAAGACAUCAGUCAGGGUCAGCUCAGCCUCGACGUGGUCGAGCGCGACACCCAAGGCGUGCCAAUCUUCUUCGUUGGCCAGCAACAGCCGCAAAGCAAUCAGCGUCGCGUCCUUGAUGAGCACUCGACCAGUUCGCAUGGUCCCCGCCUGUACGAAUUCGGUGCGAUGGACGCGCGAACCUUCAAAAUCAAGGACUCAUGGAAGAAGAAGAUGAAGAAGGGACUCAAGGACGUCGGUCUGCGCAUGGCCGACUCGGCGGGUAUGUCAUUCAUGAUGACUCAGCUUCAAAAGGUUCACGACAAGGAUAAGCCGAAGCAAACUACGUCGAAGACAACUCCAUCGCCUGCGCCUGGUGGCACGACCAAGUCAUCGAGCGGCAAGAGGGCUGAGGGUGCCCAAGAACGCAUCACACCAGCAGCAACUGAGGAAGAUGGUCCCCUACUUCGUCUCGUCUAUCGUCAAGCAGACGAAAAGAAUGGUGAGGGCGACAGAGGGAAGCAAAUCGAUUCCUCGGACUCUAAGUCUUCGUCGAAACCAGACCCUGCGUCUUCCACCGCAAAGGUCGACGCUGCUGCUUCAGCUACAGCUGGCAAAGGUGGGUACGCCAAGCUAGGAAAAGCCGUUUGGAAUGCUGGCGUCUCGUUCACCAAGGGCAUGGUAGGCGGUAUCUCGAAUCGCGUCGUCUAUUGGCUGUCCACUCCGAAGAACAACAGGAGAUCUGACGACAAUGAUGCCUACGCUCACAUCGCAGAUGCACUGCGACGACGUGAAGAAGAGGUAGAGCAGCAGCGCCUUGGGAUGCGUCGCUCGCCGCCAAACAAGCCUACCUUGAGCAAGCGAGGCGACAUCGAUGUCGCUGCUGCUAUUGCGCCGAAAAGGGAAGGCCAGGCGGCAGACCGCAUUUUCUUGGUAUCUCCCGUUCAAGAGCGCGAAGAAUCGCCUUCAGACGUCUCCACAGCGCCGGACACUCGAGAGUCCGACGAUGUAUCUGCAGCUCUCCUCGGCCGUACCAACGUCGACGACCCGGCCGCUCGCAUCGAGAGCAGUGCCGCUCACCAGCAAGAUCUACCCGAGGCAGGAUCCACCACCUUGCCAACCAGCCACCACGUUGACUCGCUGCUCACUGCUGAGGAUCGUCUUUCAGUGGGCAACAGCGAAUCUUACCGCAAGAUGCUGGAUUCCUUGCGUGUCACUCGUGACGAAGACGAGCUGUCAUCGCCUCAAAAUGCAGUUGACGCCGAGCAAAGGUCCGACAUAGACUUGCGCAGGCUAGUGGAAAGCAUGACGAUGCUUCCUCCAUUGAUCUCGCAACGUGAUGCCAGCGACACCUCGUCCCGUCAUUCCGAUGAUGUGAUCGACCUCCUCUCUCGCGAGGCCAGCUCAAGCCUCCAAGGACGUGGCUUCUGGCGCAAGUUGGGCUUGGCAGCCGCCUUUGUUAGGAAGCUCAUCCGUCGCGACGACGCCUACCUCCAAAACUUGAACUUCCCAGCCAGGCGUGAUGGCGCCCUGCAUCCAAUUGGUCAAGCGCUCGAGUCCAUGAUCGCAGCCAUCAAGAACGCCGACGAGGCUACAAUACAGAAGGCGAUUGACGGCAUGGUGACCCACAAGGAGAUGACUGCUGACGAAGCAAAAGAGCUACAGACCCUGCUCACGGAGCUCAAAGCAGAGUCCGGCAAGCCCGUCCAUCAGCGUGACCUCAACGACCUCGUGGACGACCUUCUUGCCGACCGUGACUCCAGCGAGGAUCUCAACGCACGCGACUUCAUGAGCUUUCUCCAUGACAUCGGAACCGAUGCAAAGCAUUUUGCUCAGGGCUUCGACGCUCAGACGCUCGCCCUCGCCCUCCGAGCACUCGACGAUGACGCUCUCGAUGCCCGUUUCAAGAUGCCGAAGAUCCCACCGAAAGUCAAGAAGGUGGCCAGCGGGCUAAGCAAGGGCGCUGGCUUUCUUGGGACGGCUGGUAUGCUCCUGAGCAUCCUGAGGAGAGCAAAUGGCCUCGAUAUUUGA